AUGACGUCUAACUUGCUCUCGAGCCUCAACGCCAAAGGCAGGGGCCGCGGGGGCCCUCAAGCCCUUCGGGAGACGAUGGAGGCUAUGAGUCUGCAGCGGAUGCUGCUGGCCAGACUCGAAGCAGCAGAAGCUGCUGUUUUAAAAAGAGACAAUUUGUCUCCUCGAGUCUUCGACUCCCGCUGCUCCAGACUCGCCAAAACAAACCCUGAAGUCAAGGAGCUCGUCGCUGGACUUCGGCAGAUGUACGAAGAUGCAAUGCAAGGCACUCUUCCCCUGUUACCGGGGCUGGAGGUGCCGGAAGAGUUGACGCAGGAAAGGGUUUUGCAAAUUCUUCAUAAGAUCCAAAGAAGAAAAGAACAGAAGUUUAAAGAGAUCCUGCAGGCCACAACCGAGAGGGAGUUGUCUCCUGAGGGCGCCAGCACAGCCGUCACUGCGCAGCUGCAGGAGAGCAACACAGAAGCAGAAAAGUCAGUGCUGCAGGAGGAGCAGCUGCUGCUGCAGCACGAACGCAAGCAGCAGCAGCAGCAGCAGCAGCAGCAGCAACGGCAGCAGCAGGAGGUUGAGCUGACGCCGAUGGUGUUCCUCCAAGCCAUUGCGAAGCACUGCAGGGACCCGGCAUUCAAGGCGAAG